CGCGUCUUUCCCGUCGUGCCUCGCGUGACCCUAAACAGGAAGUGAGGUAGGAGCAGUGCCGGGCGGAAGUUGUUAUGGCGGAGUACGAGCAGGUACAGAGGAGCGCCCUGAAACUUAAAGGGGUAUCGGAACUAGGUGUAACGAAGCGGAAGAAGAGGAAGGACAAGGACAAGAGCAAGGUCCUGGAGCAGAUCGUGACGAGCAAGAAGAACGAGGAAGAGAAGCGGAGGGGGCUGGACAAGCGGACCCCAGCGCAGAUCGCCUACGAGAAGAUGCAGGAGAAGAGGCAAAUGGAAAGAAUCUUAAAGAAAGCAUCCAAAACUCAUAAGCAGAGGGUGGAGGAUUUCAACAGACACUUAGAUACUCUCACUGAACAUUAUGACAUCCCCAAAGUCAGCUGGACAAAAUAGACUCCUGUCACAUUGAGUGGUGUGGCCCUGAAGAAGAGGAAUCAGUUGUGUUCUGGAUAACUGUGGCAUGUUGUAUAAAUGCUUCCACCCUUCUCUAUCCUCCCGCUUCCCCUCCCCCUUUUCUGAAUGUUUCUCAAUAAGACUAUUUUUAAAGGUUCUGUAAUCAAGUUAGUAACUUGUCACACUUUAUUAAAGUGAGACUUGUGGUAAUUUAAAUUUCUUUGUGACACAAAAUUUCUAAUCUUUAGAUUUAAAAAUAUCAGUUAUUUAUACAAGGUCAUUGACACUUAUUUACAAAUAAGGAUGUCCAACUAGGAGAGUGAUAAUUCAGCCUUUGAGCUUACAAUUACUUUUAUUCCACUGUCUGUAGGGGGAAAAAAAAAACUUGCUGCACCAGUACCAACAGACUCUAAGGUGCUAAUUAUUGUCAGUUAUCAUUUCAUUACUUUCCUAGUUGAAAAUAAUAAAACUGUUUCAAUGUUUAA